UUCAUUUCCAUACGAAGUCGUUGCCUUCGCAGGCGGAUAAAAUCCCUAGCUUGAGUUCAGUGGAGCCGUACAUACCGCCGGCCCUUCGUUCGCUGCAUAUUUUCGUGAAUCUAUUCAGAUCAGUAGAUAACCAGUCGCUUAUCGAUGGCACCGAAGAAGGAUAAGGCUCCUCCGCCGUCAUCCAAGCCGGCAAAGUCCGGAGGAGGCAAGCAGAAGAAGAAGAAGUGGAGCAAGGGAAAGCAAAAGGAGAAGGUUAACAACAUGGUGCUGUUUGACAAAGCAACCUACGACAAAUUGCUGACCGAAGCACCAAAGUUCAAGCUCAUUACUCCCUCCGUUCUCUCCGAUCGUCUCCGGAUUAGUGGAUCUCUAGCAAGGAAGGCAAUAAGGGAAUUGAUGGCUAGAGGUCUGAUCAGAAUGGUGUCAGCUCAUUCAAGCCAACAGAUAUACACCAGAGCCACCAACACCUAGGUCCAUGUUACUUAUUAUUGUUUAGUUUCACCGUUUCUGUCCUGUUAGUUACUUUUAAUACAAUGCAGUCUCUGAAAGAAAGAUAUUGAGCUUCACUGACAUGUCAUCCUACCUACCAUUAUAUUAUAUGGGUUUCAUAUUUUUGUUCAA